UAUUCACUCACUCAUUCCAGUGUCAUUUUUCUUAUUCUCUUCCUCUCUUUCUCUCUAACUCUGAGAUACAAAGGAGAAAUAGUAAUAAGAAAUUAUGGCUGGUUAUUCAAAAACUAGUACUACUACCUCAGCUUCUCUUUUGAUCCUUUUUCUUCUCUUUGGUUUCUCUAUGGCUAAGGAAAUGUUGGUUGGAGGCAAAACUGAUGCAUGGAGGGUUCCAGCCUCUGAAUCAGAUUCACUCAACCAAUGGGCAGAGAAGUCUCGUUUCCAAGUUGGUGACUAUCUUGUUUGGAAAUAUGAUGGUGGAAAAGACUCAGUAUUGCAAGUGAGCAGAGAGGACUAUGGCAAUUGCAGUAUCUCAAACCCCAUAAAGGAGUACAAUGAUGGGACCACAAAGGUAAAGCUUGAGCAUCCGGGGCCAUUCUACUUCAUCAGUGGUGCAAAGGGUCACUGUGAGAAGGGUCAGAAGCUUGUUGUGGUGGUUUUGACUCCAAGGGGAGGAAGGUUCACUGGCAUUGCACCUUCACCAUCACCUUCACCUUCUUCUGCUUUUGCUGAGUUUGAAGGUCCUGCUGUUGCUCCUACUAGCAGUGCCACUGCUUUGAAUGGGGGAAUUUUUAUGAUGGCUAUGGGAGUGGUUGCUGCUAUGUGGGUGUUUCCUAUGUGAAUUGGUUAAAUUCUAUAUGAUAUGUUAGUGUUGUUUAGCAUAUAGUGUGUCUUAGACCGUCACAGUGAGGUGAUUGUCUGUGGUGUUAUUUUUCUUUUUUUAGGAAAUAUUAUAUGAUAUGAUUCAUUUUUUCAAAAUAUAAUUAUUAUAUGUUUUGCUGGCCUUA